GUCACCAUGUCGGUGCUGGAUGCGCUUUGGGAGGACCGGGAUGUCCGCUUCGACGUGUCUUCGCAGUGAGUCGCCAAGAUUCCCCAGUGGCCGGGAGCCUAUAGAGGGCGCCGCGGCGCGAUUUCCCGACCCGCGGGCGGAGCCUAAGACCCUCGCGAGGGUGGGAGGAGGUUGGCGUCUGCUGUCCUCACCUCAGGAGACCCCAGACUGUCCGAGGCCCAGCGGCCCUCCCCAGGCGCCACAGCUGGAGCGCGUCUAGAUUGUACGCAGUUUCGGUCCCUUACGAUCCCCGGUCGCGUCUUGACCCGGGGGACCCGUCGGAAGCUGAGCCCAAACACUGCAGGGACCACCUUGGGCUUGGGCGUCCAGUACACCCCAGUGAGCUUGCGGUGCCAGUUUCGUAAGGUGGAAGGAAUGUGGAGCAGGGACUCUGGAAACGAGGGUUCAGAAACUAGGUCUAGAAUAAGGACACACAUUCUGGGCCCUUAGAAAAAUGACUUCACCGUUCUAAAGCUUGAGUCUCCGAGGGAAAUGAGAGUAAGCAUUCUCCAAAAUCCCUGAACAUGCAGACUUUAUUUCCGUGGUAAGCUUCGUUUCUAGUUAUUCAUCUAAAUCACCAACAGGAAGAAGGAACCCUCUUUUGGAGCCUCUCAAACAGAAGCCUUGUUUUUGGAAAUUUUCAUGUUUUAAAGAAAAUAGUUAGAAACCUCCUGCCGGCAGUCCAGGAAAAAAGUGUCCAUUGGGAUAACAAAUGAAAACAAGACCUGGAGAAGUCCUUAUUGAUUGUUUAGAUUCAAUUGAAGACACCAAAGGAAAUAAUGGGGAUAAAGGUAGACUCUUAGUAACAAAUUUAAGAAUUAUCUGGCACUCUUUGGCAUUACUCAGAGUCAAUCUUUCUAUUGGUUACAACUGCAUAUUGAAUAUUACAACAAGGACUGCUAAUUCUAAAUUACGAGGCCAAACUGAAGCUCUUUAUAUACUAACAAAAUGUAACAGUACUCGUUUUGAGUUUAUAUUUACAAAUUUGGUUCCUGGAAGUCCUAGACUUUUUACUUCUGUGAUUGCAGUACACAGAGCAUAUGAAACUUCUAAAAUGUAUCGUGAUUUUAAAUUGAGAAGUGCGCUAAUUCAAAAUAAGCAACUAAGAUUACUACCACGAGAACAUGUAUAUGAUAAAAUCAAUGGAGUAUGGAAUUUAUCCAGUGAUCAGGGAAAUUUAGGAACUUUUUUUAUUACCAAUGUGAGAAUCGUGUGGCAUGCAAAUAUGAAUGACAGUUUUAAUGUCAGUAUACCAUAUCUGCAAAUUCGGUCAAUAAAGAUUAGAGAUUCAAAAUUUGGUUUAGCUCUUGUCAUAGAAAGCUCUCAGCAGAGCGGAGGAUAUGUUCUUGGCUUUAAAAUAGAUCCUGUGGAAAAACUACAAGAAUCAGUUAAGGAAAUUAAUUCACUUCACAAAGUCUAUUCUACCAGUCCUAUAUUUGGAGUGGAUUAUGAGAUGGAAGAAAAGCCACAGUCCCUUGAAGCUCUGACAGUUGAACAAAUUCAAGAUGAUGUAGAAAUAGACUCUGAUGAUCACACAGAUGCUUUUGUGGCUUAUUUUGCUGAUGGCAAUAAGCAACAAGAUCGUGAACCUGUGUUUUCAGAAGAACUGGGGCUUGCAAUAGAGAAAUUGAAGGAUGGAUUCACCCUACAGGGACUUUGGGAAGUAAUGAGUUGAUCUUGAGUUGAGCUGGGUUUCUAUUUAAAGAUAUCUCAAGAUUAAAGAUACUAGUCGCCUGCUAUAAGGCAUGGCAUAGUUUUUACAUUUACAGAAAAAGCUUUUCAGAGAGUUUUUUUAAUGAUUAAGGAAAAACUCAUUUGUCAAAGAUUUUAUUGCCAGUCUUCUAAAAAUUAUAUUUGAAAUUGUAAUCAAAAUGUAUCUGGUUUGUUGUAAAUAUGUUUAUUUUGUAACUAAUACUUGUAAAUUAUUAGUCUGUGGAUAUUAAAAGACUGUAUCAUGUUGAGUUUAAUAAAGAAUUUAUGCAGCACCAUUAAAUGUUUUGAAAGUGUUAUCUAAAAGCAUAAGACUAUUCUUAUGGAGUAAUCAAAAUGCUGCUUUUUUAGUUAUAAAAAUCUGGUUUAAAUAUAUUUAUCACAUAGCUCCAAAGGUAAGCCAACUCUCAUAUAAAUUAGAAACCUUAAGCUUGUCAUUUUUAGGUAACCAUUUAUGUAAAAACUAAAAAUUUUAGCUAACUUUGGAGGAUAUCAACCCCUAUGUAAAGUUUUGGGCACUAUUUUGGAAAUAAUUUCAAUAUCGUUUUGGCAAGAAUACAUUUAUUUUGUAAGGAAAUAGUUUUAAAUAGUUUUUAAAUAAAUAGUUUAUUUGUUGACUUGCUCUUUGUUUGCAUUCAUUGAAACUUCUUUGAAGUUUUCAAAAAUAUGAUAUUAUUUUCUGAUUUCUUGGUCAGGUAAGAUUUGGUGACCUCUCUUGCCUAAGUGUUUUUUGCCACUGCUUCAGUAUAAAGAAACUUUGUAAGGAACUUUUGUCAAAACAUUAACCCGCUUUUUCUAGAGUGAAAAAAGUGAGUGUGUAAAAUCAUUUAAAAUAAGAUGCAACUGUAUGUACAACCGUAGACACAUAGUACAACCAAGGGCUAACCUGAGUUUAAUAAAGA